AUGUCUGUUGUCGUGAAACCACUCAAGCGCAAACGGGAUGACCUCGAAGGGCCCCUCGCACAGAACCAUCGACGCUUGUCGCAGAGCCCUUAUGUCUCGAGCGGCUCUCAAUCGGUAGAGCCUGCGUACGGAGAGGAGCCCCCCCGAAGCCGAAUCCACAGCCUCUCCGGAGAGAAUCCGGAGGCAUCACACUGGUUUGCCCCCUCGUUGCGGGGAGUAACAUCCAGCCGCGGAUCCCCGACAGCCUUCGAAGGCACCUUCCCCGUCCCGCGCAAAUUCGCGCGAAAUUCUUCCAUCGUGCUGAUCGGCAUCCGAGGAACCGGCAAAUCCAGUCUGGCAGUGAUCCUGGCGGCCACCUCGGGGCGGAGGUUAAUCGAUGCGGACCGUUACUUCCAGCAGAUCACCGGGCGGUCGCGGGCAGCAUACAAGAAGGAAUUCAAUCUGGUCGAGUAUCGGCAGCAGGAAGCCCGGGUGAUGGAGUCGAUGCUGGCAGAACAUCAAGAAGGCUGUGUGAUCGCCUGCGGGCCCGGCUCCAUGGAACGUAGCGGGCAGAUGCUGCUCCGCGAGUACGCCCGCACGCACCCGGUCAUUUACCUCAUUCGCGACGCGGAGAGCAUCCAGUCCUAUCUGAAGGCGUGGAAUAUCGACAAGGUUCGCCGGUUCCUGGAGCUGUCGGGCCCCAUCUACCGGGCGUGUUCCAACCUGGAGUUCUUCAACGUGUCGGAGAAAGGCAUGACGGAUCAUGCGGCUGCCAAGGAUGGUAACCACGCUCAAUUAGAACUGGAGCUGGAUCAGCGGUUCCAGGCGAUCACGCCCUUUUUGACUCUGAAGCGGUUGCAGCUCGACUUCCUCCGGUUCAUUGCGUUCGCCACGGGAGAUGCGACCGAUCUGAGUAGUCAUAACGCGUCGUUCCCGCUGUCAACGCAGCCGAUUGAGUCCCGCGCUUUCACUUAUGCUGUGACGGUGCCGAUCUCUUCUUUGUUAGAGCGUGAUCUAGAUAUUGAAGAUCUGGAGUCCACGUCUGAUGCGUUCGAAUUGAAGAUCGAUAUCACUGAGCCGCCAUCGUCUCGUUUGGCCGUUGACUCUGGUAUUGCUGACAAAAUUAGCCAUGCGGUUGCCAAUAUCCGACGAAAUACGGUGGUCCCACUCAUCUACCACGUGGAAAGCAACGUAGGCUCCGGUAGCCAUGUUGGGGAGCACACGGAUCGUUCGCGACGCUCCAACAAUGAAUACUUGAAUCUUCUUCAGCAUGGUCUCCGCUUGGCUCCGGAAUUUGUGACAGUCGACUUGUCAUAUGGGGACGAUAUCUUGUCACAGAUCAUCGCUUCAAAAGGAUCAAGCCGCGUGAUAGGCCAUUUCGCUGCCGUCCAUGCUCCGCCGAAGGGAUGGGAUGACCCGUCAUACAUGAACCUCUAUGAACGUGCUAGACGGCUGGGCUGUGAUCUAGUGCGAUUAAGCCAGCCUGCGAACUCCAUAGACGAUAAUUUUGCCGUCCAACGGUUUCGCGAUUCUUUCAAAACUCUUCCAGCACCUCAGCUCCCCCUCAUAGCAUACAACUCGGGUCUUCUAGGCCGGUUAUCAUGUUGUUUCAACCCGAUAUUGACACCUGUCACCCACCACUCUCUCCUUUCCGAAACUCAAUUGAAAGGACUUCCCUGCAUCACGUUGCGUGAAGCGCAAGAAGCUCUCUACUCCUCUUUCACUUUGGACCCUUUGCAGUUCUUUCUCUUUGGUGGCAACGUCACCUACAGUCUGUCUCCCAUCAUGCACAACGCGGCAUACAACCUUUGUGGCAUGCCCCAUGUGUACAGAACUCACCAGUCAUCUACCUUACGCGGACUGAAUGAUCUGGUGUCUAAUCCUUAUUUUGGCGGUACGAGUGUCAGCUUGCCGUACAAGACCGAAGUAAUUACCCUCCUUCACUCGAUGUCUCCCCAUGCUCGUGCCAUUGGGGCGGUGAACACGUUAGUCCCCAUCCGAGAAAUGGAUGAAAAGGCGAUAGACUCGGCCAAUUCCCCCUUACACAUGGGUAAGAGCCGCGCAGGUCCCGUCAAGGCUUUACACGGCGACAACACCGACUGGAUCGGAAUCGGCAAUUGCUUCCGACGAGGACUGUCCCCCGCCAAUGCCAUCCGACCCUUGUCUACGGGCUUGGUUAUUGGCGCAGGUGGCAUGGCCCGCGCGGCUGUGUACGCUAUGAUCCAUCUGGGUGUGCAGAAUAUCUUUGUGUUCAACCGCACCGUGGCCAAUGCGGAGAAACUCGCUCGACACUACAACCAGCAGAAUCUUCAGUCCCCCGGCCGCGAAGGGUCCUCAAGCCGUCCUCACGUUCAAGUCCUGCAUUCCCCACAUGACAGCUGGCCUGUCAACUUCAAGCAGCCGACUGUCAUUUGCUCCUGCAUUCCUACGCACAGUAUCGGAGGCGAACCGGCGCCCAACACUGAAAUACCCUCGCAGUGGCUAGAGAGCCCAACGGGUGGUGUAGUCGUCGAGUUGGCCUACAAAUCUCUCAAUACCCCUCUGAUCAAACAAAUCCGCGCUCUCUCCCACCGCGGCUGGGUGGCGUUGGAUGGGUUGGACGUCCUUCCUGAGCAAGGAUUUGCUCAGUUCGAGUUGUUCACUGGCCGCCGCGCGCCCCGGCGGAUGAUGCGGACUGUGGUCUUGAAGGAGUAUAAGGAAGAGGAAGGGCAGCACGACCAGCAAGCCAUCCAGAGCAGGCUUGAGAAUCUGAAUGGGCAACCUACGUGA